UUUGUUUACGUUUUUGUUGAUUGAGUUGAUUCAUGUUUUGUUUGUUUGUAAAUUAAUCAUGAGUAAAAUGGAAAUUAUUUGCAAUUCAAAUAAUUCUGAUAGUUUUUUUAUUAAUGAUGAUAAUCAAAUCGGAAGUAACAUCACCUAUCAAGGAAUAUGUAACAAGUGGACCAAUUAUAUCCACGGUUGGCAAGAGAGAUUCAUCUUACUGAAAGAUGGAACCUUGACUUACUUUAAAUCAGAAGAUGAAUCAGAUUCUGGUUGCAGAGGAGCGAUGAGUGUAUUCAAAUGCAAUGUAACUUUACAUGAAUUUGAUGAGUGUCGAUUUGAUGUAAGUCUUGGUGAUAGUGUUUGGUAUCUACGAGCUGAUUCUCCAGAUGAAAGGAAUCGAUGGGUUGAAGCAAUAGUUGCUCAUCAUCGAAUCUUAGCAACUUUAUCACAUUGUAUGGAUUUAAUGCAACAAAGGGAAGAGAAUUGGAAGCGAAAGUGGGAAAUUGAAGUGGAAAAGAGGAAAAAACUCGAAGAAUUGGUCGCUACCUUACAAGGAACAUCAAGUGAAGAUCAAAAGAUGAUGAUUCUUAACGAUCCAGAUUAUGAAGAAGGUCCUCAUUCAAAGAUUAAAGAGGAAGAAUUUUUUGAUGCCGUUGAUGCGAUGUUAGAUCGUAAAGAUCAACAAGAAGAGGAAAAGAGACAAUUAAAAUUACGAGCAAAAGAAAUUGGUGAACCUUCAUCAUGUUUACCUGAGAUUUGUGAUCAUCCUUUAUGGUUGGAGAUAAAUAAAACGACUCUUGACCAAUUGAAACAAGCUCGAUUAGAGGUCGGUGAAGAUGAUGGUGAGACAACCGGUGGUUGGGAAUUAUUUGCCGCCGAAGGUGAUAUGAGACUUUACAAGAGAGAUCUUGUUGUCGAUGGGCUUGUCUGUGAUCCAUUGAAAGCUGUCCACACAGUUCGAGGUAUAACUGGACAUGAAGUUUGUUAUCAUUUCUUUAGUCCUGAUGUCCGAUGGGAUUGGGAAAACACUUUAGAAUCAAUGAAAGUCGUUGAAGAAAUCAAUCCAAAUACUUUAGUGUUUCAUCAAAUUCAUAAACGUGUUUGGCCUGCAGCCCAAAGAGAUGCAGUUUUUUGGUCACAUAUUCGUAAACUUAACCCAAGUCAACUUUCAUCAUCAUCAUCAUCACCUUCUUCCUCUUCAUCAUCAACAUCAUCUUCAGUUUCCUCAUCACCAUUUGUAUCAAAUUCAUCUCCAUCAACAUUACCAAUAUACACCGAUAAAAAAGAUCCUGAUGAUAUUUGGAUCGUAUGCAAUAACUCAACGGACCGAAAUGACAUUCCAGUCGGUAGAUGUGUUAGAAUGAGAAUGACAGUCAGUUUAACAUGUGAAACUUUCAUUGAACCUCCUAAAGAAGGCCAACCAAUUACUCGAAAUAAUUUAAUCUGCAAAAUAAUCUACUGUUCAACAAUUAAUCCCGGUGGUUGGGCUCCUGCAUCGGUAUUACGAGCUCUUUAUAAACGAGAAUAUCCAAAGUUUUUGAAAAAUUUCUCUCAAUAUGUGAUCGAUGCUCGAAAAGAAAAGCCAAUCAUGUUUUAAUCAACACACACACACCAAUAACAAUUAAUUAACCAGAAAAAAAAACAAA